CAGCUCUUGAGCGACCUCACUUUAGGCUAAAAGGAAGUCCAUCGUCAUUGGUCGAAUGCUCGAUUUUCCGGGGUAGCUUUUGAUAUUCCGUGAAUCCGAUGAAAUCCGAUUCCAUGGAAAAGGAUAUGCUGGAGAGGAUGUUGACGGGCACUGGGAAUUGCCUCGCCAAGUACUUAGUAUCGACGCCGUCCAUUCCUUUUGCUGUCAUAUGCCCUCGUAGCUUGACAUUUACAGUUCGAUCUAGGUAAAAGUGGACGGGCGAUGGUAGAACAUCGUAUCGCGCAAACAUGCAUCAUCCGCACGCACUACGGUAUUUAAGGUUCACCGUUUUCGAUGAGGAUGGAGACAUUGCCAAAUCAAAUCAUUUCCAACAAGGGAGAAGACAAUGAUGAAGCUCAUCUGGCUGGGUGCCUCUAUCAUCGCACCGGCUGUUGUCCAGGCGGAGCAGUCCUCCUACCACAAUCCAAUCCUUCCCGGAUUCCACCCAGACCCAUCCUGCAUCUUCGUACCGGAGUACAACGAAACCUUCUUCUGCACGUCUUCGACCUUCAGCUGGUUCCCGGGCCUACCCGUCUACGCCAGUCGGGACCUCGUGCACUGGAAGCAUGUAUCCAACGCGCUGAGCCGGCCAGACCAACUUCCAUACCUUGGCUACCUGAACCGCGGACAGAGCGGGAUCUACGCGCCGACGAUUCGGUACAGAGAUGGCGUCUUCACGAUCAUGACGACGUUGGCGAACCAGGCGCUUCCAAGGGAGAACCUUACUCGCUGGGACAACAUCAUCUUCAACACUCGGGACCCGUACGGCGAGUGGGACGACCCGAUUCACUACUACGGCCCGGGUAUUGACCCCACGCCGUUCUGGGACGACGAUGGCGUCGCUUGGGUUACCAGCACCUUCAACUCGUCUGGUGUCGUUCAGGCCCCCGUCAACCUGACCACGGGGGAAGUCACGUUGCCGUACCGAUGGCUGUGGCUCGGAUCUGGAGGAGCAGCUCCGGAAGGGGCCCGCGUGAUCAAGAAGGACGGAUGGUACUACGCACUGCUUGCGGAGGGCGGGACUCGCGAGAAACACAUGGUGACGAUGGCACGGUCUCGCAGCCUCCACGGGCCGUACGAGGGCGCACCGAACAACCCGCUGCUGACGGCUUACAACAACACGAACUCCUAUUUCCAAGCCGUGGGCCACGCGGAUCUGUUCCAGGAUGCUAAAGGCCAGUGGUGGGCGUCUGGUCUCGCGGUGCGUGCAGGCGGGAACUACGCGGAUGAUCCAUACCACGCGAACUUCCCGAUGGGACGGGAGACCUUCCUCGUGCCGGUAGAGUGGCCUGAAGGCGAGUUUCCUAUCUUCCAGAAUGUCUCGGGCACCAUGAGUGGAGACUUCACUCUGCCACAACCGUCUGGACCUGAGACGGUGCCUCCCCAAGGCAGCGGGAAGUUGGUCAAUGCAAACGAUGAAGUCGAUUUCGAGCCAGGCUCUCAACUUCCGCCUCACUUCCUCCAUUGGCGCAUCCCCCACGUGAAGAACUACAAAGUGUCGCCAGAAGGCCACGAGAACCAACUAGCUUUGAGGUCUUCCGUGCUCAAUCUGACGGGCUUCGACGGCGACUCGUCGCUCGGCCUAGGCCAGACAUUCGUAUCCCGAAGACAGUCGCACUCGCUUUUCAAGUUCAGCGUCGAGAUCGACUGGAAGGGCCACUUGACGAGAGAUUCCGAGGAGGUCGGCGUGUCCGUCAUGCAAGACCAAUCGCAGCAUUUCGACAUCGGAAUCGUGCAGCUCAGCUCCACGGAGCCGAAGAACAAGACCUCUGGAACGCUGUACCCAGUGCCUGAGAACGAAUUCGGUCCCAUUCCGGACAUCACCAAGUUAGUCCCCGACGCUGAGCCGAAGCCGUACAUUCGAUUUGGAGGUAUAGGCAUCACGGGAUUCCGUCGGGCGAAUGCGACGAGGUGGGCUGAAGACUUGACGGAGCUGCCGGAGGGGUGGGCAGAUUCAAAGCUGAAGUUCCAGAUCGAGGCGGUUAAUACGACGCAUUAUAGCUUUUCUGCGGGUCCGGCUGGUUCGAGUGACGAGAACUUGAGGGUCUUUGGAUAUACGAGGGGCGAUCUGAUGGUGCCUAUUUAUUCUGGUACUACUGUCGGCGCGUAUGCAACGAGCAAUGGACGCUAUGGCGAGGGCGCAUUCACUGCAUACGUUUCUAAAUGGAGAUACACUGGCAUAAAGCAGGUGAUUGAAGAGCCUUGAGCUUGAAUGAUGAAAACAAAAACAAAGCAAGUUUCGUGCUUGAAAUGUAAACAUGAUUAAUACAAUGAUACAUGAUUAAAAGAAUUAUGAGAAGGGGCGAUCAUGACUGCACCAGAGCUACAAACAAAUCCGACUACUGCGAUCCUAGUUCUCUGCCAAAGCAAUCAGUGCAC